UCUAAGCCCUAAGCUCUCUCUUUAUUUGCAAUUUUUUUGCCCCCACCAGGAAAGCAAGACUCAAAAACUACGAACAACCUUUCAAUUCAGAAACCAAAUCCUGAACUCUCCAGAAACGGCGCCGUCUCUCCGCUUCUGCCUCAGAGUGAACUGAAAGUCUGCUCAUCAAGUAUGGGAGACAGUGAAACAUUAGUUGCUGAAACAUCUGCAGUCAUGGGCUAUUCAUCUGCAGGCUACACUAACACUAGCUAUGCUGAUGCCAGCACAAAUUCUGCUCCUGAUGCUGGUGCUUUUACGUCUGGGGCUGCUGGAGAUUAUGCUGCUUCUGGUGCUCCGGUUGAUGGAACUUAUAUUGUACCUGCUGCUGGUUCUGGUUUAGGUGAUGGGAAUGCUUAUAAUAUGGAUCCGAAUUCUGUCAUGCAACAGGUUCAAGCUGCCGGGGCCGCUGCUGCUAGUGAUAAUGUUACAGGUUUGGAAAAUGCAUCUGUGGCUCCAUCACAAGCUUCUGGUUAUAGUUCUUUAAAUGGCAAUGUUAGUGAAGCCGGAAAUGUAACUUCAAUUGAAAAUGGAAGUUCUUUGGGUAUUGGAAGUGGAGCUGCCAGCGGGCAAGAGGUCAUGGAUGGUUCAUCAAUGUCAGGUGAAGAAGAUCGAUUAUGGAGCAUUGUGAAGGCUAAUUCUGCUGACUUUAACGCAUGGACCGCUUUACUUGAAGAGACAGAGAAGUUGGCAGAGGACAAUAUACUGAAGAUACGAAGAGUUUAUGAUGCUUUUUUGGCUGAAUUUCCUUUGUGUUAUGGUUAUUGGAAGAAGUAUGCUGAUCAUGAGGCACGCGUGGGCUCCAUGGACAAAGUUGUAGAGGUUUAUGAACGAGCUGUUCAAGGGGUGACAUAUUCAGUUGACAUUUGGUUGCAUUACUGCAUAUUUGCUAUAAACACAUACGGAGAUCCAGACACUAUCCGAAGGCUUUUUGAACGGGGGUUGGCUUAUGUUGGAACAGAUUACCUUUCUUUCCCCCUUUGGGAGAAAUACAUUGAAUAUGAAUACAUGCAGCAGGACUGGAGCCGUGUUGCAAUGAUUUACACUAGGAUGUUUGAAAAUCCAAAUCAACAAUUAGAUCGGCAUUUCAGCAGUUUCAAGGAGUUUGCUGGAAGUCGACCUUUGUCAGAGUUGAGGACUGCUGAGGAAACAACCGCUGCUACUCAUGCUGAAGCAAUUUCUGAGGCCACUGAUGAAGUAAAAGCAAAUGAGGAAGAGGACCAACCUGAAGCAGCUGAGCAAUCUUCUAAACCUGUAAAUGCUGGCUUAACAGAAGCAGAGGAGUUGGAGAAGUAUAUCGCAGUCAGAGAAGAGAUUUAUAAGAAAGCUAAAGAGUUCGAUUCCAAGAUCAUUGGUUUUGAAACAGCUAUCAGGAGACCCUAUUUUCAUGUCAAGCCACUAAGUAUUGCUGAGCUUGAAAACUGGCAUAACUAUCUGGAUUUUAUAGAAAGAGAAGGAGACUUCAACAAGGUGGUCAAGUUAUAUGAAAGAUGUUUAGUAGCAUGUGCAAAUUAUCCUGAAUACUGGAUACGGUAUGUGUUGUGCAUGGAAGCCAGUGGAAGUAUGGAUCUUGCAGAUAAUGCACUUGCUCGUGCAACUCAAGUCUUUGUCAAGAGAGUGCCAGAGAUUCACCUAUUUGCUGCUCGAUUCAAGGAGCAGAAUGAGGAUAUAGAUGGUUCUCGAGCAGCAUAUCAACUUGUACAUACUGAAAUUUCUCCUGGCUUUCUUGAAGCCAUUAUCAAGCAUGCAAACAUGGAACAUCGGCUGAUGAGUGCAAAGAGUGAUGUUUAUAGCUUUGGAAUUGUCCUGCUGGAACUCUUAAAUGGGUGGAAGCUUGUUGAUCAUACUCUGUCGCAUUUCACAGCAAAGGUCCCGAAGAUUACAACUCACCUUGAAUCACAUUGGAUUGUCAAGACAUGCAUGCCAAUCAGCCUUCAUGCAUUGAUUUCCGAUGAAGGAGGAAUGCGUCAUCGAUUUCCGACGAGGGAGGAACGCGUCGUCGUGAUUUCAGAGACUGGAGUUGCGAUCGAUUUUAGCAUCGAAUGGUUGCGAUUUCAGCAAGGGAUGGUUUCGAUUUCAGCAAGAUUGAGUUUUGAUUUUUUAUAUUUUUCAGAGUUUUUUGCAAGUAGAGGAACUAAGGAAGAAGAAACUGCGCAGCGCAAAGGGAGAAAGGGAGAAAUUAAGGUUUUUUUUCAUUUUUCAGUUGGACUGGUUUUUCCUGCAGUCCGAUUGGAUCGGCGGUCUAACACUGUUCACGCGGUCCAUUACGGGUUAAAGCGGUUUAUUCCGUAA